AUGGCUCGCAAGGCCGAGGAGAUUCAAGGGUUCGUGGACCGCAACGAAUGGAAGACUUUCCUCUCCGCGAUCAAGGCUGUCCACGGUACGCAAACCAAAGUAAAUGCUCCUCUUCACAGCGCCAAUGGCAGUACCCUUCUCACCGACAAAACUCAAGUCCUACAGCGAUGGGUCGAGCACUUCAGAGGCGUCAUCAACCGUCCCUCCAACAUCUCCGACGCCGCCAUCGUCCGUUUGCCUCAGGUGCGGAGCAACGUCGACCUCGACCUCCCGCCCUCUCUACGUGAAAUCAGCAAGGCUGUGGAGCAGCUCUCAAGCUGGAUGCGGCCUAGUAUGGAUACGAUCCCUGCUGAGGUCUACAAGCACGGUUGUCCCAACUCAUGA